GACACAAACAUGUAAUAAUUAGAAUAUUACCAAAAUACUAAACCUCAUAAGGAAUAACUACAUGACUUUUACAAAUCCAACAUGGUAGAUGCAGGCACUAAAAAAGCAUUGGGAAAAAUUCCACUGCUCAAGACAAAAGCUGGGCCAAGGGACGGUGAAUUGUGGAUUCCAAGAAUAAAAGAAGAAUAUCAAAGUCUAAUAGCGUAUGUGGAAAACAACAAGAAAGAUGACAAUGAUUGGUUUCGCCUAGAGUCCAAUAAAGAAGGUACAAGAUGGUUUGGAAAAUGCUGGUAUAUUCAUGAGCUGCUUAAAUAUGAGUUUGAAUUAGAAUUCGAUAUUCCAGUCACAUACCCCACAACUGCACCUGAAAUAGCAAUUCCAGAGCUAGAUGGUAAAACAGCUAAAAUGUAUAGGGGAGGCAAGAUCUGUCUUACAGACCACUUCAAGCCACUGUGGGCUCGUAAUGUGCCAAGGUUUGGUAUUGCACACGCUAUGGCUCUUGGGUUGGGGCCAUGGUUAGCAGUAGAAAUUCCAGAUCUGAUCAGUAAAGGAAUAGUUCAACAUAAAGAUAGCGCCACUAAGUCUUGAUGACAUGCAAAUAUAGGACAUUGAUAUGAAUGAGGAGUCAAGGACACUAUUGCAAUUAACAACAAUAUAAUCAAUACACUGGAAAAUUCACAUACUGUCAUCUUCUGGAAUCAUAUUUCGCAAUUGACUGUGGUAAUUUUUGAUUUAUUUGGUUCCCUUAUUGUGUAUUAUUUAUUUAAAUUUCAUCCUACAUUUGGAGAAUUCCAGAAUUUCUUCUUCAUUUUCAUUCUGGAGAUAGAGAAAUUAAUAUUGAUAUAGGGUUCUUGUCUAAUUUGAAUUACAGAUCAAUUGCCAUAUUAUUUUCCUAUACAUGCCAAGGAAUUCAGCUUGUCCAUCUGGAUCUGUGCUUUUGUCAUACUUUAAUUGUGGAUCCCUGCACUUGGAGGUUGAGAUAAAAAUUGCAAGAAUUUUUACCUUUUCGAAUGGGAACAACAUUUCAGAAAAGGGUAGAAUAGCUGUAUUGAGUGAUGUACACCGAGUUAUAAGCUGUCACGUGUUCGUAAAGUUUUAUUUUUAUUUAUUUUCUGUAUA